AUGAUAUACAGCACACUCAUCCCUCCGCCAUCGAUUCUUACGGCCUACCAAACUAUCACUUUGCCGGCAUCAACUGUUACGAGUACAUCUGUGCUUCCCGUUAGUACACAGUUCAUCACGCGGACCCUCAGUCUCGUAGAAACCGCCACCGUCCCUGCUGCCUGGGACGCCACUGCAGUACCUACAGUCCCCUGGGCCAAUGCCGACGCACAGACUGAAGCUGUACAGAUUCGAACUAUCACGACGACAUUACUCCUUCCUGGCGCGCUAGUGACCACUACGGCGUUCUUACCCGGUAUUACUCUCGAGCAGACUGUUUCGCUUACCCUUUUCCGGACCAUAACUGCUGUCCUGACAGAGCGAGAAACGAUCAACUUUUACGUCACGCGCACUUUGCCACAACAGACAAGUAUCAGCACAGUCUUUGUGACUACUACGUUCCCCCAGGCGACUGUAUCUUUCACGUCGACCGCAUACAUUGGCCCUACAGUCACUGAGGUAUGCACCACAGAUUCGCACCAUUACAGCUAUACAGACGUCUUUGCAGGUAUCGCAGACUACUGCUACUGUCCAUGA